AUGUCUUCAGAAGAAAAUGAAAAAGAUACAUUUACCGAAUUAAUAGAUAAAAUCAAACCACGCGAUUCUCAUUACUUUAAAACUCGACACGAAUGGUCUCUUAUAAGUUUUUUACUUUACCGUCAACAAUGCUCCGAUUUUAUACUAGACAAAGUGCUGGAACAUGAUCGGUAUACCCAUAGCUUAACAAUAAUAAUUAGCUGGGAAGAUGUACCUGCAGAUUUAGUAGACCGGUCCGUUAAGGCACUUCAAUCAUUCCAAGUGAUAAUAUACGCUUUGGAUGGGGUUGCGGCCUGCGUUCAAUCACCCAGCACUCCUGAUUGCGGUUGGGAGAUGUUUGAGUUGCGGCUCGGGUGGUUCCAUGGGGUUGCGGCCUGCGUUCAAUCACCCAGCACUCCUGAUUGCGGUUGGGAGAUGUUUGAGUUGCGGCUCGGGGAGUUUUGGGAAAGUGUAACAUCAUCACAAAAGCGAAAAUUUGCAGCGAUAUCAGAACGCACAACUGUAAUGGAAGAACACGCUACUGCGGUUUUAAAAAUAACUUCUCAACAAGAUCAAAUCAUACGAGAGGAAUUUUUAAAUCUACUAGAGAAUAAGGAUGCAGAUAGUUCAUCACCACCGACAAAACGGUUACGUAUGCAAGAGGCUAACUACGUUGCUCAAGAAGAGACGUUGAAUUCUGUCACAGAAACAUCUAAUAUAUUUAGAGAUGUCCAGUUCCCAGAAUACUAUGUUAAACUUAAAACGAUUUGGCAAAACCGUGAUCCAGAUGCUGGUUAUUAUGUAAUCGAUUUAGGAAAUCGAGAAAUAUUAAAGCAAACGCAUGAUCUCUUGAAUGAAGAUGAGCUAAAACGAUUAUUCGACAGAAUGACAUUGGAUGAUGAGAAAAAGUCUUCAAGUAAAAAGGCGAUUCAAUAUCUGAAACUAUUCGAUCAAAUUGUAUAUUAUUCAGACGAUGAAGGGGAUGAAGAUUCCAAUAGCAAGAUUGACGAUGAAAUUGUUUUAAAAAUAGAAAAAGAAGUUCAAAGCUUGAAUGGAUUAGCCACGAAAUUUAAAUAUUUAUCUUAUGCACUUCCGAUUCCAAUAAAAGAGUAUGAUGAAUCCACAUACCCUGAAAUCCAUAUUAUUAACAGUAUUUCAAGGCAUUUAAGUGCUAUUUCUAAUAUGGAUAAAAUUUCCGUAAAUACGACUGAAAGAACUUGGACUGCUCAUGUUCUCUCAUAUAUGUUUUUCAUGACGUUCAGCUAUAUUAAUUCCGUGAGGUUUUUUUCCUGCGAACGUCAAAUAUCUACAAAAUUUGACCUACAAAACAUUGAUCAUAGAGCAGAUGGUGUCGCCGAGUUGUUCGAAAGACCCAGGCAAAUUCCUAUAUUUAUACUUGAGGUAUCCGGAGACCCCGACAAUCCGGAUCCAGAGAAAUAUAUAGAUGAUAGGAAAAAAUUGAUGAAGGAGGGCGUUUUUGCGCUAAAUAAAUUUAUAACGGGAACGAAGUUCCCAACAUGGGAAACGUGUGAAUCUUUAGGUGUUUUUUUAGCUCAAGGAUUCGUUCCAAAUCUUAUUAUACCAACCUCGCCCUCUGACUUAGAACAUGCCCCGAGACUCAUCCGAACGCUUCUUUGUUUGCGGCAUAAUGCCAUUAAAAAAAUUAAAAAUUUUCAGAAGCUUGAAAAAAAAGGACAACGUCACAUCAUAAAUCCAUCAUCAAAGUAUACAACUGGAUUUACCCCAAAUCGGCCUGGACUUGUAACGUUCAAUAAAUUUUUGCCUAAAGUGUCAGACGACAAGAUGAAGAAUGAACAAGCGAAUGAGACCAAAGGAAAGGGAGGGGACGUGGAGUAG